UUGUCCUCCUUGGUCCUCUGUUUUCUUCUUCUGUGAUGCUAUUUCCCCCUAAUUCCAAAAGGAUUAGUUUUCUUCUUCUGUGCCCAUAAUUCUACUGUCUUCCAAUCUUUUAUUCGAGUAAAUAUUCAAACCUCAUUUCAACAGUUUUUCAUCUCAAAUAAGAAGGAAGUUGCUUGUUCUUUUCUGUUUUUUUUUCUUUAAAUAGAGAUUGUGGGUGUCUUGCUUCAUCAUCAUCAUCAUCAUCAUCAUCUUCUUCUUCUUCUUCUUCAUAAGCUUCUGUUUCUUAUCGGGACAUGUUGACAAGAAGAAUUCCUCAAAAAAUUUCCACCAGAGGCAUGUUUAUGAAGCUAGUAAGCAAUUUUAUCAAGCCGCAAUGGGGGGUUGGAAGCUGUUCUUUCUUCACAUCUCGACCAGCAUCAUAUCUGCAAACCGCAUGUGAGGUGGCUUUUGAUACUGAAAGCAGGAGUGUGGAUGAAUAUGCUGAUGUGGAUUGGGAUAAGCUUGGUUUUCGUCUCAUGGAAACAGAUUACAUGUAUAUUAUGAAAUGUUGUCAAGAUGAUGAAUUCUCACACGGCCACCUCAAUCGAUAUGGGAACAUUGAGCUCAGCCCAUCUGCUGGAGUUUUGAAUUAUGCACAGGGUUUAUUUGAAGGAUUGAAAGCAUAUAGGAAGGUGAAUGGUAAUGGCUUCUUGAUUUUUCGACCAGAGGAGAAUGCUCGAAGAAUGCAGAUAGGUUCUGAUAGAAUGUGUAUGCCAUCUCCUUCUGUUGAACAGUUUGUUCAUGCUGUGAAACAAACAGUCUUAGCUAACAAGCGUUGGAUUCCACCUCCAGGAAAAGGUUCUUUAUAUGUUAGGCCAUUGCUAAUGGGAAGUGGCCCUAUAUUGGGCUUGGCACCUGCAUCAGAGUAUACGUUUUUGGUUUAUGCAGCACCAGUGGGAAACUAUUUCAAGGAGGGCUUGGCACCAAUAAAUCUGGUUAUUCAAGACGAAAGCUAUCGUGCAACUCCAGGAGGGACUGGUGCUGUAAAAACAAUUGCAAACUAUUCACCGGUUCUAAAGGCGCAAAUGCAGGCUAAGAAGAAAGGAUUUACAGAUGUUCUAUUUCUCGAUGCUGUUGACAACAAGUAUUUGGAAGAAGCUUCUUCCUGCAACAUAUUUAUCCGAAAGAAUAAUGUAAUAUCUACCCCAAUGGCACGUGGAACUAUCCUUGAGGGAAUCACACGUGCAAGCAUCAUAGAAAUUGCUCGUGACUUUGGUUAUGAGGUUGACGAAAGGUUGGUUUCUGUGGAGGACUUGACUGAUGCUGAUGAAGUCUUCUGCACUGGAACUGCUGUAGUAGUAGCUCCAGUAAACAGCAUAACUUAUAAAGGUCAAAGAUACAAAUAUAAUUGUGGAGAAGAUGCUGUAUCCAGAAAGCUAUACAAAUCCCUUACAGAUAUCCAAAUGGGCAUUGCUGAAGAUAAGAAAGGAUGGACGGUUGAGAUUGACUAAUACCUCCUGCAUAGUUGAUUUUGAAUUAUUUUCAUUAAAAAGAUUAAAAAAAAGGUAAAGAUUAAAGAGUCCACAGUCCUCGUUUGUCAUCUUAUCAGAAAUAUGGAAUAACUUUGUCCUUUUUGAUGGAAUACAAUAAGAAAGAUUUUUACCUGUUAGCACAA